GCAGCGCCUCGACGUGUCCGGAGAUCGUCGGUGCCGGCUCCGCCAACAACGCGCCCAACCAACCCACGGGAGGAGACUCAGCCCAGACUCCUGCGUCAUCACGCCGCGCCGCAGGGAGCGCGCGGUCUCCGCCAUGGUGCAGCUCGGCAGCCCCCUCCUGAGGGCUUACCGCGGCGGGCACGUCGUCAUCCGCCUCGCCCUCGGGGGCUGCACCAACCGGCCCUUCUUCCGCAUCGUGGCGGCGCACAGCCGGCGCGCCCGGGACGGGAAGUACCUGGAGCAGCUCGGCUGCCUCGACCCGCUGCCCAACGCCCACGGCGAGCGGGUGGCGGGGCUCAACCUGGAGCGGCUGCGCCACUGGCUGGGCUGCGGCGCGCAGCUCUCCCGGCCCGCCGAGAAGCUCCUGGGUCUGGCGGGGUUCCUGCCGCUCCACCCCAUGACGGUGACGGGCGCCGAGAGGCUGCGGCGGCGGCGAGCGCAGGAGGCCCCCACAGCGCCUGCGGACGGCUCGCCGGGGCCCGGCGCCGCGCGCUGAGACACCCUGGCCGAGGGGCUGCACCGUCCCCUCAGUGCUCUGACCGCAUUAAAGCGUCAUUUGCACACUCUA